AUGGCUGUUAUACCUCUUUCGCGGCGCAGUACUGAGUCCACGCCACCUGGAAAGAUGGUAGGGUGGGUCUGGGAUGGUUCCGGUCGUGGAACGAUCAGCCUCAUAACAUCCUGUUUAGGUACGGUCUUUCUCUGCACCUGGAUAGUGAUACAUCCUCGAGUCUACAAACGCGAAUCCCGAGCCACCCUCCACAAAGUCGCUCUCUUCUUCAAGACUAUACUCGCGCCGGAAUUUAUUGCUGUGGAGGGACUACAAGAAUGGGCCCAGUGCCAACGGAUGACACAAGAAUGCGCAGACUUCACCGGAGGCGAAUUCAAGCUCAUACACGCAUUUUACAUUAGCAUGCUUGCUUUGCGCUAUCGAACUCCCAAAGGCGACCGCGUCAUCUGGCCGAAUCAAUACACUUGGUUACUAGAGCAGCGUCUUAUCAGCUGGGAAGACCACGCGAAUUGGGGCUUUCGAUCGAUGAUAUCUGUGAUAAGAGCAAGUUUCCUGGUUUUUUACGCAGUGCAUGAUGCGGGUUGCAUUCCAUCUGCCUCUCUCGGUACCGUCCUCAUUGCACCAUUCGUCGAUGUCGCGACACUAGUCUCGACAUACCGAAUAGCAGGUACAAUCCCCAUAUUGUCACCGAUCGCACCGUUUUCGAUCUUAUUCAAGACCCUACGGCGAUUUAUUCGGAAUAAAUGGUUGAGCAGGGACUCCAUCGCGCAGUAUGUUCGCGCGAACGAGCAUAAUGGCGAAAAGUAUCGAAUCGCGAUUAUUCAUGCAGAGGAUGACUACGAUAUUCCAUGGCACCAUUCUCAACUGGUUUUUUGGCAUGCGGUUAAUGCGUCGAUACCAGCGGGGAUUAGCUAUGAAGAGCUUGAGGAUAAGAAAAUAGAUGCGAAGGCGGAUUUGGGGGCUGCUGGGUCUAUGAUGCAGUGGAAAACGGACUAUGGAGUUAUUCGAGAGGAAAUAUUGAAGACUGGCUUGCAUGAUGUUGUUAUGGGAUAUCCAGUCGUUACUAUGGCGGUUAUGCGGUUUUUCGAAGCUGCCGAUCCAUCGUUUACACAGUGA